AUGGCAAAGCUUUUCUGUGUGCUUCUUGCUUCUGCCCUUGUCAUAAGCACAUAUGAAAAACAGACAGAAACCAGAGUAAAAACAAUUCGAAAACGGAGUGGGGUUUGUUGUCCACCAGUCUGUGUCUGUACAGGAAGUUGCAGUUGCCAGCAGUCAGGACAGGCUCAACCGCAGUAUCAGCCACAAUAUCAGCAACAAGUAAUACAACCUCAGCCGCAACCACAAAUUCAAGUGCAGCAACCACAGUAUCAAAUACAACCACAGUAUCAACCGCAGACAGCAGUCACGCAAAUAUAUCAACCACAAACCCAAGCUCCACAGAUAUAUCAAACACAAACCCAAGCUCCACAAAUAUAUCAGCCUCAACCUCAAUAUUCACCACAGGUGCAAAGCGCUCCAACAUGUAUAGCUGCAUGUAUGCCUCUCUGUCUUCCAGUUUGCACGCAGCAACAGCAGGCGAUUGCUCCAGUUACACAACAAACUGCAGCUCCAGUUCCAAUUCCGGUACAAACAACUGCUCGACCCUAUAUUCAGCAGACCCCGGUUCAAGUAGUACAACAACAACCAAGACAACUUAGAAUCUGCAUCGGACUUUGUAUGCCUCUAUGCAGCGCAGAAUGCGUUCAAAGUACGACACCGGCGUACACUUUACCAACGGUAACUCAAACUGUUCCAAUCAUCACUCAGACUCCAGCUCCUGUAACACAGCAGGCGCAGGUGAUGUGUGUUCCGUUGUGUAUGCCACUCUGUGUUCCUCAAUGUGUUCAGCAGUAUCAACCACAGACUACUGUUCCGACUUUGCCACCCGUAAGUGUCACCUAUGCACCAGUUACACAAACCACUGUUGCUCCGCAACAGAGACAAAGUUGUGUUUCCAUUUGUAUGCCACUUUGUCUACCAUCGUGCGUUCAGCAACAACAACAACCACAGCAGUAUCCAUACUAA